CGGAUGGAACACAGGGCUGAGACGGCUUCCGGUGUCAACACCAUGGUGGACUGCCUGUCAACAUCGGGGCGAAGGAUCCCGUUUGUGUGUUCAAUAAGUUGAUGCGUUUGUCGUUAAAGGGAGGUUUUCAUAGAGCGUCCAUGAAAGGGGUUUUCCUGUCGUCUAAUGUGUGCUGCUGGCUGGAGUUUAUCAGGAUAUAUUGUAUCUGAAAUAGAUGGACAGCGUCUCUCCAGAUGAAGGUGAUCCAGCACUCUGUGGAGACACUGCAGACAGCUUUGGUCUCCAAUCGUCAGGACUUGGCAAAACUUUACAGCAAGUACACAAAAGAAGAAAGGCGUCUCUUGGAGGAAGGAUUCCACCCAGGGCACCCAGGUUCCCUUUUCCAACCCAUCACAUUGCACUCUGACUCUGACUGGAUUAACGCUCACCCCGAGGAGCCUCAAGACUUCCAGAGCUUCUACAGAGACCCUUACCGCAAGACCCCGAAUGCAAGCCAGAAUACUAUUUAUAUUCAAACCAUAGGCUCCUUUGGGGAGGCAGGGCCGCAGACAGACCAGUAUAUGGAGUGGCUCAGAGAAUACUGCCAGGCCUUCUUCUAUGGGCUUUCUGUCAAGUUUCUGCCGGCGGUUACUGUGGCUAAGACAGGAUGCUCUUUUAGGGUUAACAGUAACUCGCACAACCUUCAGAUCCUCACUGGUGACCUGCUGCGAUUCCUGGGGAAUAGGAAACCAAAAGAUGCUUUUUGUAUUGUUGGAAUCACAAUGAUUGACCUGUACCCUAAAGACUCCUGGAACUUUGUCUUUGGACAGGCUUCUCUCAGUAUGGGAAUGGGUGUUUUUAGCUUUGCCAGGUAUGAUGACAACUUCUACAGCAGAAGUUAUGCUGGAAGGCUAAAGAAAUCAUUUAAGACAAAGCAGGGGGACUACUCUGUGUUUGACGGAUAUUACACACCCCCCAUCACCAGCACUCUGCUGCUUCGAUCCUGCAAGACAAUGACCCAUGAGAUUGGCCAUAUGUUUGGAAUAAAACAUUGCCAGUGGUUGAACUGUGUCAUGCAGGGUUCAAACCACCUGGAUGAGUCUGAUCGUAGGCCCCUGGAUUUUUGUCCCAUCUGCCUUCGCAAGCUACAGGUCGCAAUCGGCUUCAAAAUAGCUGAGAGAUACAAGGCUUUACUGCACUGGAUGGAGGAGGAUCAGAGUCAAACAUCUGAGCAAGAGGAGGCCUCUGCCUGUCAGUCUGUGCUCCACUUUCCCAAACCCACUGAAGCCUUUCACACAUCCAGACUGUGGCUGCGCAGGUGCCUGGAUAUAAUGGGGAAAAAAGAUGAACUAUAGUACUUGUCCAUAAAUCUGGGUAACACUGGGAAAUGAAUGUAACAGGCCUGACUGUCAAAUUCUGACUUGACCGAACCUUAAUUUUGUUUACGACUGGUAAGCCCAGUUUCAUAUAUAUUGGGACAUAUCUGGGAGACUGUAUAGUAUAUAUAGUAGUAUAUAUUGAGUUGUAUUUGGGCCCCUGUGUUUUGACUGUCUGAUAUCAGCUUAAUAUGUUUCCUUUUAAAUAAAGAUGCAAUAUGUAGGUAACAACAUAUUUUUACUUUAAAAUGGUACACUAUUCUAUAUUAUAUACAAUAUUCUAUUUUAUAUUUAAAAAACAU